AUGCCAGUAUCAGGGACAGAGAGACCUCUGCUGAGGAGGCACAUCAGCCAUGACUUGCAACAAGAGCCAGUCUUCUCGUGCUCCGUCAACGCUCACUCACACCUCCCCGUCUAUACCAACAUACACCGCAUCAGGAGGGAUGUCAUAUCCAUAGUCGAGGAUUAUAUGACGCUAGAGCAGCUGAGGGAUCUACGCAUCAACAUCUCAGUCAUCCGGCCGCUGGUGGACAAGUUGUAUGAGCUCGACGACAUCUCAAUUGUCUACUGUCUCCUUGUCAACCGCGCGCAUUUCCUGCACGAACAAUCGCAUUUAAACAACAGGCAAAAUGUCAACUUCACUCGUGCCACACUGUGUGAGCUAGUUGCUACCCGCAUAUUGCGGCGCUUCAAUGAGGACAAUGAAGGUCCUGAGGGCCUUCUUAUCUUGGCCCAUAUCCUCGUCGCUGGGUUUGAGCCCUUCCAAAAUGCCCCCGAGGACAUCCGCCAGGAAGCUUCGUCGACCAGCUCCUGGAGCUACCACCAGACGCUGCCCGCCCUCGAAGUCGCCAUUCUGAGCGAGAGCAAGCUGUUCCUGAGCUCCACAUCCUGCCAGAAGGUGAUCGACGCCAUCUACGAAGGCCAGGUCAUCUACACCCCCUCAAGCUUCAUGGACAUCAUCCCAGACCGCUACAAGCAAAAGCCUAUCUCGCUCUACGAUCCCCGAGCGGCUUCCUUGCUCAAUCAGUACCGACUGAUCGUUCCCAGGACCAGAAACCUUCUAGAAAUUUUCCAAUUCUGUGUUCUCCUGUUCUUGUAUCUCGUGUUCAUGGCGGAACGAGAUUCCAGCAAAUUCAGCAUUCUCGAGAUUGCCUUUUCGAUAUAUGCCUUUGGAUGGGUGUUGGACCAAUUUGCUACGAUGUUGGAGCAUGGAUGGCACGUCUACACGCAAAACUUAUGGUCCUUUCUGGAUGUGACAUUCAGCGUCAUCUUUUGGAUCUAUCUUAUUCUCCGUAUACACGGGUGGCGCUCGGGACACGAGAACGCAGGCCAGCAAGCAUUGGAUGUUCUCGCCAUGGGCGCACCAGUGCUCAUCCCUCGCCUUGCCUUCAACCUGCUCUCUAACAACCUGCUAUUCGUCUGCCUGCGGGCGAUGGUGGUAGAUUUCACGCUGCUGACGGCCCUCGCUGCCUGGUGUUUUGGUGGCUUCUUACUCUCGCUUGUAUGGCUUGGAGAUGCCGGUCACUCAACCAUUACUGUAAGCAAGUGGAUGCUUUGGAUCUGGUUCGGCCUCGACGGGACUGGUAUCCAGAAAGCGCCCGACUUUCACUGGAUCUUGGGACCUUGCCUCAUGGUCACAUUUGCGUUCCUAGGAAACACCCUCUUCCUGACUAUCCUCGUGUCCAUGCUCUCCAAUACCUUCAGCACCAUUGUGUCAAACGCCACAGCCGAGAUCCAAUACCGUCACGCAGUCCAGACGCUUGAGGGCGUCAAGAGCGAUGCCAUCUUCGCCUACCAGCCACCCUUCAACAUUCUAGCUCUUUUCGUCCUCGUGCCCCUCCGGUGGUUCAUCAGCCCCCGCUGGUUUCAUAAGAUCCACGUCUUCUUCGUGCGACUGCUCAACCUUCCCCUAUUGCUCAUCAUCGCAGCUGCCGAGCGACGUCUCCUGUGGCCCAUAUCCUUCCCCUCGAGCGCCGGUGCGGCGACCAGCGGCAACGAGACGCGGUCGCAGUGGUUUUGGGAGAAGUGGCGCAUAACGACGCACGGCGACAUCCACGCUGUCUUCGACUUACCGCCGCCGGACGAGAUGGAGGAUGCCAUUUCGAUGGAUGACGAGCUGACGCACCAUAUGAUUCGGCGGCAUUUCCAGCGGAGCUCAACGGCGGACUCGGCAAACCUUGAGAAUAUCCUACGGAGACGAAAGAAGCAGCAGCAGCCGCCGACGCCCAAGGCCCAGAGUGAUGGCAAUAGCGAUGCGAGAAGUGACCAGGCGCAACCGCCCAAGUCUCCCGGCGUGGGCAGGACAAUCAGCAGACGGGACAGCAUGGCACCAUUUCCAGGGCUCAGGCAGGAACUACAGGGCAUUCUCGACGAUUCCCCCGAAAUGUCAUCCAUGACGGCCCGGCUGGACGCACUAGAGGAGAGCAAUGCGAGGAUCGAGUCGAUGCUGGCGAGGCUGGUGAAUGACCUGGAUGAUAGCACGAGCGCUGACGAGGAGGCAGCAGCUGGGAGGACAGGGACGUUAAGGGAUCUGGAUCAUACAGGUGAUGACCAGUAA